UCAACGCUUGUUUACCAUGUUUCCUCCGUGCACAUGCACAAGUAACGUUAGUUCGUGCCCUGAAUAUUUUGUUUCGAUAAGUAAUUUACCGGUAUACGGUUCGAACUCGAAACAGGUGGGCUGAGCCGCUGUUCCGUACUUAUAGAUGCUGAAUUCCCCAAACCUAAGCUAAGCUAAACAAAAGAACUACCGGUUCGUACUUGAACUGAGCCGGAGGUAGAGCGGCGGCUCCGCCGCUCAAGCUGGAGUCACGGAAAAGGCAAUGGAACAAGCGACGGACCGAUGGUCCUGCUGUGUGUGCUCUGGUGAGCUGCUAGAUGCCAGGCUAUUGCCGUGCUUGCACUCGAUCUGUGCCCAGUGUAGAGCCGAUGGUGCAGGAAAGAACAAAGAUGGAUCACUGAGAUGUGGAACAUGCGGCUAUGUCGUCGCGCCGCGCCAAUUGGACACUCUGCAGGUGGACUAUAUGGCGCUCGACUACUUGGCGCUGCAGAAACUCUGUGAUCCGCGCAAGUCGAACAACUGUGACGAGUGUGUAGAAGGAGAGGUAGCCAGUCAUCGCUGUGUGAGCUGCUGUCAAUUUCUGUGCACUCUCCAUCACAAUGGUCACAAGAAGAGCAAAGCAACUCAUGGCCACCAAACCAUACCCCUCACCCAGCUCCAGUCAUCCGCCAACGCUGGUGAUGCCGGUGCGGGAUCAGGACAUGUCGACGUUGCCGAAUUGGCAGUGGCACGAAGUGCACUGCUGUGUGCCCGUCACACGCAGAAAGAACUGGAGCUGUACUGUGCGAGUUGCUCGGAGUGUAUCUGCAGAGAUUGUGUUGUGGUAGAUCAUAAAUCCCACCAUUACACCUUCAUAUCGGAUGCCAUUAAAAAAAACAAGAACCGUCAGGAUAUUUUGAAGUUAGAUAAGAUGGUAGAGCAGUUUGAAGGCACCCUGAGUAGAAUCGAACAGUCCCAGGAAACACUAACCAACAAUUUCCACACAACCAGCCAGGACAUGGAGAGGGCUGCCAGCGAAGUAAAGCACCUGGUCGACACGCGACUGAAAGAGCUCCUCUCAGAUGUUGACAAAGUCUACCAAGACAAGAGCGUCGCUCUGGAGAAUCAGAAGAUAGCAUUGAAAACCUUGCAAGAGAAGGUAGUUUAUGCAUCAGUGUUUGCUAAAUCUACAAUGGAAUGUGGCAGCCCAUCACAGCAGCUAAUCCUGAAGAGCGUUGUGGACAGUCGCUUGAAGAGUCUGGUACAGGAUUGUAAGGAAAAGUCCAUCCUGGCGCACGAUGACGGGUCCCUAUCAGCAGUGGUGGACCUGUCCGAUUUGAAGGAGGCUGUGGAGGAGUUUGGUCGAGUAACAUCCACGGCUGCAAGCGGAACGAGCAGCUUGGGUCUGCCUAAGAACUGCUGCGCCGGCGUGCCUCUCACAUUCACUAUUGACUUGGCAGAUGCUAAUGGACACCCUACAUCAAAUGUCCUUGAAAGUACAAUUAGUUGUUCGAUUAUUGCUAUUCCCGAAGGCGAGGUCUACACAGGGAGCGACGUAACUAUCAAGAACUCCAAAGCAGUAGUGAAGUUCAGCCAAGGACGCGAACCAGGCGACUAUUCUGUGAGUGCCACCAUCAGUGGACUGCACGUUGUUGGUUCGCCAGCCCUUUUCACUCUCGUACAACCGCCAUGGAAGUUUGGUCAUGUUUGCAUAUCGUUAUCGACGCGGGAGCAUCACACAACUACAUGUCCCUAUACGGGCGUUCAUCUGUCAUCAACUGGCAUGCACGCUCAAUUGAAGCCUGUGCAGCGACGGGAUAUAUCGGGACUCUCCAGAGUCCCGCCUUCUGCCUUCCAAGAACCACAGUGUUAUGGAGAGAGGUCAACACCCGACAGGUUGAUCCUGAUUAGCGAGGAGACAGCAACAGCUAAGCCUGUGAUAAAAUGGCAGAUUACACUUGAGCAGGCUGGCAUUCCAAGGAAAGCUCCAAUCUCCGACCCUGCUGUUGGUGUUGGAGUUAUCGUGAAUAUGCAAGCUGGAGAAGCACAAGACCGCCUUGAACUUGUCGGUUUCGCUGAAGAUGUCGUGAGGUCAUCUGUUAUAUUAUUCUCAACUGGCAUGGUGUUCGUCGGUGGACAACAGUGUGCGGAUCAAGAUUCAAACGCCCAGUUCAGGUUUCACAGCGGCGAGGUGUUAAGCCUGGUCUACAUCGCUGAGGAUGAUCUCCUGGUUGUCACGAAACCCAAUUGCAAUGUGGCGUGUGUGAUUGAUAUUCAGCAGCCAGCACUGAGCAUUUUGUCGCUGGAUGUUGACAUCAACGACGCCUUGGGAGCAGCACGUAUCCAGGAAAAAAUGCAUGUCAAGAAAAGAAGUUACUCGUAUGGUACAGUACUACGUGGUACAGUACUACGUGGUAGACGAGGAGGUAGACGAGGGCGGGGAGGCAGAGGUGCGCGAGCAUAUGUUGGGCGAGGGCUUCGAUUUUGUAAAGUGCAUACUGAAUCCAUUCUCCCAGCACUGUGGCUGUCGGCAGAAUUCACCGGGAAUGCCUUCCUGUCCUGUCCAGCCGCCUAAGUGAUUACUGCUAGCAGGGCAUUGUUCUGCUCUGCUCUUUGCUUGAAUCAUCACAGAACAUGGCACAAUAGCUGCCAGUGUGGGGAACUCUGAGAUACACGCAUGUUGUAGUUAGACCACAUGGUCUCGUCAUUGUCCAGUAACAGUUGACAAAAGGCUUGGUUGCUGUGGGACUAACUUAGCUUGUCACAUGAUUUGUCUUCGUUGUUCAUACCUUCGCCCCUGUAGGCUUUCCUUAUCCAUUUACGUGUUGUGAAUAUGCAUCACGAAUCCGCGUUACGCUCAUUAUUAUGUCUUUAUUUGUUUAUGUGUUACAUCCUGUUGACGUCAUGCUGAUGUCUUGCUGCACGCAUCGCGUGCACCGUUUUGCAGCACUCAGGCCCGAGCAUGCGCAGCGAGCCAGUGGCUCCCUUUUUGCUGCCUUUUCCCUUUGCAUGCUUCACUUGGCUCAAAUAAUGUUUUCUGGUGACACUCCUUUUCAAGUCACCUAAUUCCUUCAAGUAACAAGUGCAAUGUCGUUCCGUGAACCGGAACCCCUCCAUAUUUGAGUUACCAAGACGUAUUUGUGCGUGGCUAUACAAGUUCUCCCACUCGACAGUCCAAAGUUGCGCACACCUACCGAGAUGGGAGGCUACUGGUUUGUGCUUUGGAGCCAUCCUAAGUUCCUAACAAAUAUUUAGUGCUGCUUUCUGUCAGUUUUAAACCAACUCUUUCAACACUUUUUACUGCACAGUUUAAGAUUUAGUUAGAAGCACUGUAGCCAUUUCUUGUCUCCUGUUUCAGGAUAUUCUUUUCUGGUGGCCUUAGGAGCUGCAUCUGCGCCUUGAUCCUUGAAGGGUGGUGGCGUUCCUACGGAUGCGGAAAACUCGGCUUCUAGCCGAGUCUCACGCGGACCGUGAAAAUUUUCUUCUUCUUUUCUGAUGGACAAAACUGGGUUUCGCCUUCCGGUU